UGUGUUUAGGCGGCCUUCAUCUGGUUUUUUCUUCUUGUUCAUAGUAUUUCUGCUUUUACUGCUCAGAACAAAUUCGUAUGGGUUUGCAUUAUUGCUGGAGCAAAUUGAUUUGAGUUUUCCAGUACGGUUGGAGUUAGAUGUGCCCUAGCUUAAAAAAUCUUCCACUCCGCUUCUAGAUGAGAAUUUGAAGAAAGCCUUUGCGGUAUUGGUGGUUCGUAAAAGAUUAUUUCGUCAAGUAAACUCAAAUCAUUCGAUUGUUUCGAAAAUGGCCAAGUAUGAAUCCCUGACAGUGAAGGACGCAGUUCAUAAGCUUCAGCUCUUCCUUCUAGAUGGAAUCAAAGACGAAAACCAUCUAUUAGCUGCUGGUUCAUUGAUAUCCCGCGGUGAUUACAACGAUGUAGUCACCGAGCGCACGAUAGCUGAGAUGUGCGGCUACCCACUCUGCACCAACCCUUUGCCCUCCGACCGGCCGCACAAGGGGCGUUACCGCAUCUCACUCAAGGAGCAUAAAGUCUAUGACCUUCAAGAGACCUACAUGUAUUGCUCGAGCACUUGUUUGAUCAAUAGUCGAGCUUUUGCUGCGAAUUUGCAGGAAGAGAGAUCCUCGGAUCUCAACCCUGCGAAAUUGAGCAGAAUUGUUAAGCUAUUUGAAGAAUCGAAUUCGAACACUGCUAUGGAUAUGGGCAAGAACGGAGACCUAGGCAUUUCGGAGUUGAAGAUUCAGGAGAAAACUGGUAAAGAAGCUGGGAUUUUGUCUAUGGAGGAGUGGAUUGGUCCCUCAAACGCGAUUGAUGGCUAUGUGCCACGGAGUGACAAAAACUUGGAGUCACUUCAAUUGAACAACAAUAGAAAAGCUGCUAAAAAGGGAAAAGGGCCUAAGCCUCGGUUUUCUGAUCCAAAUGUGCAAGACAUUAUGUCCUUUGACAUGAACUUCACAAGUACUAUCAUUACUCAAGAUGAGUAUAGCGUUUCCAAAGCUGCUCCAUCAGUGAAGGCUAAAGAAUCAAGAGGAAAGUUGAAUGCUAAAAGUGCAAAUUGUGAGAGCAAGCCAAUGCAAAACCCAGCUGCUUCAUUGACUGACAAAAAUGAAGUUCAACCGAAAAAGUCUGAUAUAGGUAUGAGUUCUACUGGAACAGAUGACAAUGUAAAUGCACCAGAGGAUAUUUCUAGUGCUUGCCAAAGUGAUGAUACCAGGGCUACUGUUCUGAGGUCCUCUAUAAAGACUUCGGAUUCUAAGAAAUCAGUCCGCUGGGCGGACGAGAAAACUGAUUUUGAUGGGCAAAAUCUUGAAGAGUAUCAAGAAUUUAAAGAAGAAAAAUCAGCUUUAGUAACACCUCAUUCAGCAGUUGAGGAAGUCGGUGAGGAGGAGGAGUAUAGAUUUUCAUCUGCUGAAGCCUGUGCAGAGGCUCUAAGCCGAGCUGCUGAAGCUGUUGCAUCAGGAAAAUCAGAUGCAUCUGAUGCUGUAUCUGAAGCGGGCGUAAUAAUACUACCACCUCCCCAUGAAGUGGAUACUUCUAAAUCUGAAGAAAAUGCUGAUAUUAUCGGGACAGACCCGGUGCAGUUAAAGUGGCCUCUUAAACCUGGAGUUUUGAGUUCUGAUUUGUUCGACUCUGAGGAUUCUUGGUAUGAUAGUCCCCCGGAUGGGUUCAACUUGCAAUUGUCGACUUUUUCAGCAAUGUUUAUGGCACUCUUUUCCUGGAUAUCAUCAUCCUCUUUAGCAUAUAUAUAUGGAAAGGAAGAGAGUUUCCACGAGGAAUACUUGUCAGUCAAUGGGAGGGAGUAUCCUCACAAGAUUGUUCUGUCAGAUGGGCGUUCUGCGGAGAUCAAACAUACUCUUGCUGGCUGCCUUGCUCGAGCCUUGCCCACUCUUGUGACUGAACUCAGGCUUCCUGUACCAGUUUCAACUCUUGAGCAAGGACUGGGCCGCUUACUAGAUACAAUGUCUUUUACCGAUCCAAUUCCUGCAUUUAGGAUGAAACAAUGGCAUGUUAUUGUCCUGUUGUUUCUUGACGCUCUUUCUGUCAGUAGAAUUCCAUCGCUGACCCAAUAUAUGUUGGAUAGAAGAGUUGUAAUUCCCAAGGUGGUGGAGUGGUUAAUGCAUGGGUUAGGUCUCAGGUCUCAGGUCUCAGUUUGAGUGUACCGUUUUAUGGUAUUUAAAUUUAAUGUUGCUAUUACCAAAAAAAGAAAAGAAAAACAAGAUAUGUGUGAUUAAUUGGUUGCUGUGUUUGGUCGAAUAUGUUCUGUUAAGGUUAUUGACUAAUUACCCCAUGAUUAUCCAUCUAGGAUUGAGUUGUGGUAUUGAAUCUCAUGAACCAAACACACUAUAUAUUUAAUCCCGAGAUACAAUCUUGCAAUCCAAACACCCCCUAAGUCUUUGAAUUGUGUAUAAACUAUUUAGUUAUGUCGUUUAGCAGUUGCCCAAUUUUCACCUGCUCAACUAUCCAAAGAGAACUCAUAGAGCACUAGAUAUAGUAACAUGUGAACCAAGUUUACAAGUGGAACGAAAUGUAUCAGAAUUACUAAGUUGGCUUUAAAAUAACCUUGUCAGCUCGAAAUCGCUCUCCAUGACCAUGAGUUUUCAUUAAAGCUUAUGCUUAAUUGCUUACACAGUUACAUCCAAACCGUUUCCAACUCCAAUCUUCAAAUUCACUUCUGCCACAGGUUUAUGUACUUUCUUAAAGGCCUGGUGUAUGUGUACAAUUAUUGAUGUGCUCUAUUAGUAGUUGCUCUCAUAUCUAUUCUUGAUAAUUCACUGUUACCGUUAUUUGUCUCUGUCCUUUUUCUUUUCUUGUGUUAUGUUUCUACAAAUCAUGAAAUA